UACUGCAGCCUUGACCUCCCAGGUUCAAGUGAUUCUCCCACCUCAGCCUUCUGAGUAUAUGGGACUACAGACCCUCACAAGCAUACCUGGCUAACUUUUGUAAUUUUAUUUUAUUUUUUUUUAGAGAUGGGUUUUUGCCCUGUUGCCCAGGCUGGUCUCGAACUCCUGAGCUCAAGUGAUCCACCCACCUUGGCCUCCCAAAGUGCUGAUUCCAGGUGUGCUGAUUCUUUCUGAGGACCUGGGAAAAUCUUCCCUGGAGUCACCAUACCUAGUGAUCUGUAUUUAUCUUGACCACUGUUUUGUUUUUCAUCUUACAGAUCUGCUGAAUUUUGUAAUUGGUCUUGUUUCCGUUUUGCUUUGUCAGAGAGGCAUCUUAAGCCACAUUCUCACCCACUUCCAGCAAAUGUGCAGGACUUCGUGGCUUGCAUAUCUGUGAAUGGAUUUUACCCCUGACUUUAUUAUUUUCCUGCCCUUACUUUACCUUUUCCCCAAAUUCAAUUAGUUGUUUAUUUUUUACUUUUAUAAUUUUGGGGUGGGGGGUUGUUAGCUACCAGAAAUAACAAGGCAAAAACAAAUAGCUGGAGGAGAAAGUCAGGAAUUGAACAAAACUCAACUACGGCAAUAAAUUUAAAGACCUAUUCUUCAGUUCCAAAGAUCAUUUGGUAAGUAAAGAAUAGAGAACAGUCACGUAACAGCAGAUUUUAUGAAAAUACAAAAAUAGCACCCAGCAAUGUAUGCACUUGGAUAUAUAUGAUCUAAUAUAUGUGCUUAUAUAUGAUCUAAAACAGAUCAUAUAUAAAAAACAGCAUGAGGCAAUAGAGAUGGCCUCCAGCCUCCUACACUUCACUUAACAUGUGGUAUAGUGGUAAGUUUCUUUUCUGUCUUCCCUCGCAGACAGUCCCUUGAGAGCAGAGACCACAUCAUACUCACAUUUGUACCUACUAUACUUACGCUAUUUUUUCAGGCAUCCAAUGUUAAAUUUAUGAAUGAGUAAAUAUAGAUUACAGAAAAUAAAGCCUCCCAUAAUCUCAGACUGCAUCAGCAAAAGUACAGUGCCCUGAAUGCAGGGAAUAGGCACACAAUGUACCAUAUACUAUUGUGCUGGGCCAAGUCUAGAGCUCUAAGCUUAGAGUAGAUGCCCGCAUAUUUUUAAAGGGAUACUGACAGACUGGAGCAGAUCCAAAAAAGAGCAGUCAGCUGGAUGAAUGGAUGAAAGUCAUGUGGUUAGAUGGAAAAAAAUGUGAGACUACACCAAAAAAAUUCUUGUAAGGGCUUUUGACAAACAUCUGAAGGACAGUCUUGUGGAAAAAAGCAUAGAUUUGUCCUGUCUGAUUCCAAAAUGGCAGAAUCAGAGCUAGUGUAUGGAAAUUAAAAGGAAGAACAUUCUUCAAUAGCUUGGGGCCCUCUGUGAGAUAAUACACUCUGUAUAUGCAGGUAGAUAAUCAGCUCAACUACUGCGGUAGUUGAGUGGUUGGAUUAGAAAAUGUUUAAUAUUCCUUCUAAAUUCAAGAUGUUAAAACUUUAUGCCUGUAGUAGUUGCAACGAACAAAUGGAUUCCAUAUGAACAUGUAACAAGCCAAUCUAAUUAAUGUGCCACAUAACAGUGGUUUACAGGUAUUAACAUGACUGGUAAGACUAAAGAGCUUUGUGUUAGUCAUGAAAGUGUUUCUGGAGGCAAUAGGUUUUAACUGAGCCUCAUGGGUGGAAGAGAAGGGAAUCACACAAUUCCAGAUCUGUGAAACAACUGAGAAAAUGCAAGAAUUCUGGUUUGGCUGGAGUGAGUGGGUGUAGUAAUGGUCCCAGGACAGGACAGACCAGGUUGCUGUCAUAUGGGUUGGAGCUGAUGGUUGCAUCUCCAGGGAAUGCCAUAAAGGGAGAGCACAUGCUCCUGGAGGCCCAUAGAUGGGAAUUCACCAGACAGUAGGGAGGGCUGCGAGACAAAGUAAAGGAAAUCUAUUACCACCUACAAGUGUUUGUGGCAGGAUCUGGACUCCAGAUGAGAGCCAUGGUCUGGAGCUAGGAAAGCUGAUCUGGGCCAAGCUCUUUCACGGGGUCCUGGUCACAGCUGCCAGUGUGAGUGUCACCAGCUUGUCUGCACUGGGCAUGGGACAUGGGGUGCAUGCAGAGUGAGAAGGUUAAUUGGCACAGAGUUGGGCACACACAUCACAAAUCAAUUGGUGAAAAUCCUCAAACGCUGGCCUCCAGAGCCCACAGGAAGGCUUUGACAUCAACCCACAACCUUUGAGUUCAUGUAAUUUCGAAAGCAGCCUUCCAAAUCAGCCCUGCAUUUUUCCGCCUGCCACUUGUGUCUCAAACAUUUUCCCAGUUGGCAGAACCACCUUGGCUCCCUCUGAACAGACUGACGAGGAGGCUGGAAUGUGUGUGAAGGAGUAGAAAGGGCAGCAGACAGUGAGCCAUUCCUGGCUUCUGUAAAAGCACUCCUUAGCGUUCUGCCCUGUGUAUACAAGAUUCCAUUGAGCGCUAAUCUGGGAUCAUCUAUCAAAAUACUUGAAAAUUCCAAAUACCAAAAGUUUCACUUAGAGGUCAAAUUUCAGAGUUUUGACUGUAUUUGGAGUGUUUUCAUUGACAGUGAAUGCUAUGAGAAACUCAAGACAUAUGCAGCAUUAGCCUUGAGGACGGACAGAAUGCAGAGAAUAAACAAACUACCCUGGAAAGAAUUGGCAAAGAGGGUCAAGCUGAGCUGCUUAUUCAUUUGAGGGUUGGGGGCUGGGGUGAGUCUCUAGUCCUCACCUAUGGGUUACUCCUAAGAGGGCUUGUGGCUCCUAUUGGUUGAUUAAGGGGUCUGGGCUCCGUACUUCUUACUUGAAGACACCAGCUCUCAAUCAUCACAGGAUUUUAGCCGCCCCAUACCCCUAUUUCCAUGUAGGCAUUCCAGUAUCGCAGGCAGUUAAAUAGGAUUAGGAUGAUUUUCAGGCUCUUCCUCCAACAUGCUCUCCCCUUUCCAACUUCCACAGUGCCUUUUCGGUGCCGUGUUUUUCCUUCCCUGUCUCUCGUGUGUAAUAGUGGAAAGCGUGAAAAUAGCAUCAGCUUGGAGAUGCACACAGGCUCUGCACUUGCUUGCUAUGUGACUUCUGUGAAUUUUAGCCUCUUUUCUAUCCAAUCAGAUACCUCCAGUGACAGCUGUGGAGAUUAAUAUUAAAAAACAUAAAAUAUGAAGCCAUGAAGGCUUCAGGCCCGGCACAUAGUAGGUGCUCAAUGCUAUUCCCUUCUCUCCUCUUUCCUUUCCCUUCUCUUUUGCUGUCUUUGAUUCCCAGUAACCAUCUGUUUAUCUCAUUCCUGAAAUAGUCUGACUGAAGAUCACAAUUGAUGACCAGAUUAGGAGGGAAGAAAAGUAGGUGAAAACUGAACACAAGUGCCAUCUGUCUUCUUCAUUUUUAAGGGAAUUAGAGAGGAAGAGAUAUGGUGUCAGUCUUGGAAGAUGCUUGUGAUUUGGGCACUCUCUCCCUCUUUGAUUCCACAGGACUUCAUGCACUCACUGGGGAAGAGGACCAGCUCUCUCAGUUGCCUGUAAAGGACAAGCCAGAGAGAGAAUUAGCUAUUUCUUGAUUCUAAUACGAGAGACCUGUCCACUCCAGUGGUAUGGGGACUAAGUGAUCACAAAAAAGAAUUUAUUUAAAAAGUAUAAGUUUCAUAGCAAUGGCGAUACAUUAGCAUAAAACAAGGUACUAAUGACAUGCUAAUGAGAAAAUAAUGUUACAUAUUUGCUUUAAAUAUAGUACCCUAGAAAUACAAAAUGACAAAAACAUGGUAAGCAGGUGCAUGAAUUUAUAGAUACUACUUGAACCAUGAAAUAAAACUUUAGGGGCCCUGAAUAUGCAUACAGAAGACCAAAUGUUGUGUAACCAUCCAAAGAGGCUGACAAUUACCAACUACCUGACAUAGGAGGCAACUGUCACAUGCUGGGCCCCAGAGAUCUUUCUUAACUUGUUUAUUUACAUAGUGGGACAAUUACACAAGAGGAGCUGCUUCUCAGAAUCAGGCUAGCAACAAUUCCCUCAGGGAAAGUUGUUAAGGCUUAUGGGCCUCAGAGAGCCAGCUUCGUAAGAAGAAUCGAAGCCCUAAUUUAAAUUCUGUUAAACUUUUAAUUUGGAAAUAAUUUAGAAAUAAUUUCUCAUUAUUAGACUAUAAAUUCCCAGCCAGGCUAUGUUUCAGUUUGAGUCAGCCAAUGUAGAAGCAACUUGGUCAUAUACUUUUUUUUUUUUUUUUUUUAAUCAGAGAACUUUAUUCAUUCGGCCCCAGGCUCAGAAUUCGAUAACAUGUUUUCUGUGGACUUUUUCUCUUCACAUCAAACAAUGUUAAAGAAGAAAAACAGGGAAAAAUCAUAAUGACAUAUAUAUGUGUAUAUAUACAUAUAUAUAUAUAUAUAUACACACACACACACACUGAGAUAUGGCCAAACUGAAUUACUAGCAGUUUGCUUAAACCAUACACUCUGGUUCUGAAUCUGCAUACAUGGACACCUAGAGUCUCUUGCAAAGCCCUCCCCAGCCUCUGCCUAUCAGAAUUCUCCCCAUUUUCAAAAGCCUAUCCAAAUGUCUCUUUCUCCAUCUGACUUGCAAUCAUCGCCCCAGUCAAAAAUAAUAUUGCUCACCUAGCAUUGUGUUUGCGUCCUUUUUGAGACAUAUAUAUGGCCUCAUGUUAGAAGCUUUUGUAUAACUUCUCAGUGGAUCCUUAGCAGGUUGAUGACAGUAUCUUCGAAGUGUCUUUGCAACUUCUGCAGUGAUUCUUGUCUUAAAUGAUUCAGUGUCUUAAAUGUGAUAGGCACUUUCUAAGUAUUUUACCUGUAGGUGAUUAAAAAUUGGGGAAGUAGAGAAAUCAAAGAGGAACGGAUGCUUAAUACCUAACACGUGUGUACUUCGCCUCUCUGCGUCUUAUCUGUAAGAGCCUCCAAUUCCCAUCACGUGAGGGUCAGGAUCUGUGGUAUAUUCACUCCUGGUGUGAAAGCCCAUGAAGUUUGUUUUUCACUGGGAAAGAUUUUAUUUGAGUUGUUUCUUGAUAAUGAAGCGUGGUGGUUUACGCUCAGCUGUUGAUCCUUGUUUGAAGUAGGUUUGUUGUUUUUUUUUUUAAUUGAAGAGAUUUACCAGUUCCAUCUUUUACCUGGCUGCAGCUGCUCUGCAGAAAGCGAAGGAGCUUUCUCUAAUUUUUGACAGCCUGAAAAGUUUCCUGAGCCCUGAACUUGUUUGUCUUCUACUGUUUUGCCCUGCCCUCUCUCUUUUUCUUUUAACUCUUUUAGUGAGGGCUGCUUUUGGGUGCUUCGUCAGCUGUGAGGCACGUCAAAUACGUGUAUUUCGCUUUCAGCAUUGUGUGAGGGACCCUGGCGGCUGGAACUGCCUCUGCUCGGGGCUUAGGGCUGACUGCGAACAUUCCCAUUUUCCCCUCUUCCUCUCAUUGGUUCCCGAGGUCACGUGAGGGCCCCGGGGGUUGGAAUUCUGAGUUGUGGCUUUGGCACUCCUUUUUCUUUUUAAAAAUCGCUGGGUCUGUUGAGCUGUCCUGGGCUGGGUGCCUUGCUCUUUGACUGAGACUGGAGACAGACGGGAACAGCCACAGGCAGACUGAGGUGACAAUAGGAAAUCUGCCGAGAUGUUCAGUCAGGUGCCCAGGACCCCAGCCUCAGGCUGCUACUACCUAAAUUCCAUGACACCUGAGGGCCAGGAGAUGUACUUGCGAUUUGAUCAGACUACAAGACGCUCUCCUUACAGGAUGAGCCGGAUUCUAGCACGCCAUCAGCUAGUGACUAAAAUUCAACAAGAAAUUGAGGCGAAAGAAGCCUGUGACUGGCUCCGUGCUGCCGGGUUCCCGCAAUACGCGCAGUUAUAUGAGGAUUCACAAUUUCCCAUCAACAUUGUGGCUGUCAAGAAUGAUCAUGAUUUUCUUGAAAAGGACCUUGUAGAACCUCUUUGCAGAAGACUAAAUACGUUGAACAAGUGUGCCUCAAUGAAACUUGAUGUGAACUUCCAAAGGAAAAAGGGUGACGACUCCGAUGAGGAAGAUCUUUGUAUCAGCAACAAAUGGACUUUCCAAAGAACCAGUCGCAGGUGGUCUCGUGUGGACGACCUCUACACGCUGCUCCCUCGAGGAGACAGAAGUGGGUCACCGGGAGGCACGGGGAUGAGGAACACGACCAGCAGUGAGAGCGUCCUCACAGACCUGAGCGAGCCUGAGGUCUGUUCUAUUCACAGCGAAAGCAGUGGAGGCAGUGACAGCCGCAGCCAGCCGGGCCAGUGCUGUGCAGACAGCCCGGUCAUGCUGGAUGCCCCACUGGUCAGCAGCAGCCUCCCGCAGUCCCCCAGAGACGUCCUCAACCACCCCUUCCACCCCAAGAAUGAGAAGCCCACAAGGGCUAGGGCCAAAUCAUUUUUGAAACGCAUGGAAACACUCCGAGGGAAGGGAGCCCACGGGAGGCACAAGGGGUCAGGGCGGACAGGUGGCCUGGUGAUCAGCGGGCCCAUGUUGCAGCAGGAGCCAGAGUCCUUUAAGGCCAUGCAGUGCGUCCAAAUACCAAAUGGAGAUCUCCAGAAUUCACCGCCACCUGCCUGCAGAAGAGGGCUCCCAUGCUCCGGCAAGUCGAGUGGCGAGAGCAGCCCAUCGGAGCACAGCAGCAGCGGCGUCAGCACACCCUGCCUGAAGGAACGCAAGUGCCACGAGGCCAACAAGCGUGGGGGCAUGUACUUAGAGGACCUGGAUGUGCUGGCAGGGACAGCACUGCAGGAUGCAGGGGACCAAAGCCGUAUGCAUGAGUUUCACUCCCAAGAGAAUUUGGUGGUGCAUAUUCCCAAGGAUCACAAACCAGGAACAUUCCCCAAGGCACUUUCUAUUGAAAGCCUUUCUCCCACAGAUAGUAGCAAUGGGGUUAACUGGAGGACCGGUAGCAUCUCCCUGGGCAGAGAGCAGGUCCCUGGUGCCAGGGAGCCCCGGCUCAUGGCGUCCUGCCACAGAGCCAGCCGAGUCAGUAUCUAUGACAAUGUCCCUGGCUCUCAUCUGUAUGCCAGCACAGGAGAUCUUUUGGACUUGGAGAAAGAUGACCUUUUCCCUCACUUGGAUGACAUUCUGCAGCAUGUCAAUGGGCUCCAGGAGGUAGUGGAUGACUGGUCCAAAGAUGUCUUACCUGAACUGCAAACUCACGAUACGUUGGUUGGGGAGCCUGGCUUAUCCCCCUUUCCGUCUCCUAAUCAGAUCACCUUAGAUUUUGAAGGUAACUCUGUCUCAGAAGGUCGGACGACACCCAGUGAUGUGGAAAGAGAUGUAACAUCUCUUAAUGAAUCUGAGCCUCCCGGGGUCAGAGACAGGAGGGAUUCUGGUGUAGGGGCCUCUCUAACCAGGCCAAACAGGCGACUCCGAUGGAACAGUUUCCAGCUGUCUCACCAGCCCCGGCCAGCCCCAGCAUCGCCCCACAUCAGCAGCCAGACGGCCAGCCAGCUGAGCCUGCUCCAGCGCUUCUCGCUGCUUCGCCUCACGGCCAUCAUGGAGAAGCACUCCAUGUCCAACAAGCACGGCUGGACAUGGUCAGUUCCAAAGUUCAUGAAGAGGAUGAAAGUUCCCGACUACAAAGACAAGGCUGUCUUUGGCGUUCCUCUCAUAGUCCACGUCCAAAGAACGGGACAGCCCCUGCCUCAAAGUAUUCAGCAAGCACUGAGAUAUCUACGCAACAACUGCCUCGAUCAGGUGGGUCUUUUUCGCAAGUCAGGAGUGAAGUCUCGAAUCCACGCCCUACGCCAAAUGAAUGAGAACUUCCCCGAGAACGUCAACUAUGAAGACCAGUCUGCUUAUGACGUGGCGGAUAUGGUGAAACAGUUCUUCCGGGACCUCCCUGAGCCUCUUUUCACCAACAAGCUCAGCGAGACCUUCCUCCACAUCUAUCAGUAUGUCUCCAAAGAGCAGCGGCUGCAGGCCGUGCAGGCUGCCAUCCUGCUACUGGCCGACGAGAACAGGGAGGUCCUGCAGACGCUCUUGUGUUUCCUGAAUGACGUCGUCAACUUGGUGGAAGAGAAUCAGAUGACGCCCAUGAACCUGGCAGUGUGUCUGGCCCCCUCCCUCUUUCAUCUUAAUUUAUUGAAGAAAGAAAGCUCUCCACGAGUCAUACAGAAGAAAUACGCCACCGGGAAGCCAGAUCAAAAGGACCUCAACGAGAAUCUGGCAGCAGCUCAGGGGCUCGCGCACAUGAUCAUGGAAUGCGACAGACUUUUUGAGGUUCCACACGAGUUGGUGGCCCAGUCUCGUAACUCGUAUGUGGAGGCUGAGCUCCACGUGCCCACCCUGGAAGAUCUGGGGACGCAGCUGGAGGAGAGCGGGGCAACUUCCCACACUUACCUGAAUCAUCUCAUCCAGGGCCUCCAGAAAGAAGCCAAGGAGAAGUUCAAGGGGUGGGUCACGUGCUCCAGCACAGACAAUACAGAUCUUGCUUUCAAAAAGGUGGGCGACGGGAACCCCCUGAAGCUGUGGAAGGCUUCUGUGGAGGUGGAAGCGCCCCCUUCGGUGGUCCUGAACCGCGUGCUGAGAGAGCGCCACCUGUGGGACGAGGACUUUGUGCAGUGGAAGGUUGUGGAGACUCUAGACAGGCACACAGAGAUCUACCAGUACGUGCUGAACAGCAUGGCCCCCCAUCCUUCCAGAGACUUUGUGGUUCUCAGGACCUGGAAGACUGAUUUGCCCAAAGGAAUGUGUACCCUGGUGUCGCUGUCUGUGGAGCACGAGGAAGCCCAGCUCCUGGGUGGCGUGCGAGCAGUGGUGAUGGACUCGCAGUACUUGAUAGAACCGUGUGGCUCUGGCAAGUCGAGACUGACUCACAUCUGUAGGAUAGACCUGAAAGGUCACUCCCCAGAAUGGUACAGCAAAGGCUUUGGACAUCUGUGUGCGGCAGAAGUUGCCAGGAUUAGAAACUCUUUCCAGCCCCUCAUUGCUGAGGGCCCAGAAACUAAAAUCUGAGUUUUCCCCAGUAUGACAUCAAACUCAGGGAAGAGGAAACUAAAGUAACGCGUAUGGCAGAGAGUGUGCACGUGAGAAAGCGAGAGAAAGAGGAACUGACGGACGUGGUUAAUGCCUAAAAAUGGAAACGUUAAGAAGUUGGAAUGUUGGAGAUGCAAGAAUUUCCAAGAACUUUCUUAGCCUUCCUGGAGAUGGCUACAUCCCUACUAAUAUAAUUUUAAAAUGAGAACAUUUAUCUAUAUUACUUAAAAUUAAAUGGAUUAUUCCUUGUGCAUUGCCUAAUUUGCUAUUUAAAGGCUUCUAAGAAGCGUAUAUACUUAACUGUAAAUAAAUGUAAGUAUAGCAUAUGUACAUAUGUGUGUAUAUCUCCAUCUUUACUGUAUAUAUGUAAAAUACCAAUUUUAUAUAGAAUUGUGUGUUUUGAAAAGGACGGUGUCUGACUCAGUGAGUCCCUUCCUCACAUAGUUCUUUCCAAGUGGCUCUGGGCCCCAUCUCUCCACUGUCCUGUAAGCUGUGCAGAACCUGCUGCUAACACCAAGGUGUGAACAUGCCCUGAUGCCUAACCAAAGAUUAGUUAACCAAAGGAAAAUAACGUUAAAGGAGACUUAUGUGUCAUUUUGCUUCUGUUAUUCAAAAACUGAGAGUGGAGUUCUGGGAUAAAGCAGGGAAAGAAUAAUUACUCCUCCUCAAAGCAAAGCGGAGGGUGAGAAGUCAUUACCAAAUUUAAGGCUAGAUGAGGAGUUGCCACUGGGCCCAGUAAGAUGGAAUUUCCAUGAGAUAUGGACCACUGGAGUCAGUGCGAGUGACUGAAACAGAAGCUAUACCUCUCACUCCCAUGCCCACCACUACAGACCCCAAGUCGAGAUGAAUACCAUAGCCUUUACUUAUUCACAGCCAAAGGGAGCCCCUGUGUUGUCUCAAGUUUUUAUAAAUACAUUUCAUAAUGUUGUUAAAUGUCAUUCUAUUUGACCAGUGGCCUAUUUGGUCACAGUUAAUUGGUGUUUCCUUAUUGCACUGAAUUCAACUUCAGACACCACACAAAGGGAGAUGGUGACCAUUCCGUUCAAACCCUAGAUCAUAACAGCUUCAGGGAAUUCAUAUUCUGCUAUGUGUAGGAUACUCUUAAAAUGUAAUUCAUUAACCUUUUACAAUCUGAAAGACAGGGUUUUUAACUAACAUAAGACCAAAACUAUGUUCUUUGAUUAGUUUUAGAAAAUAUGGUCGGGUUUAUUAAUUCUUCUGUGUUUCUUCACUAGCCAAUCCAAGCUACCUAUGCAUUUGACCCAACCUUAUUUAUUAUUGUACAGACUAAGCAAAUUGACUCCCUUUAGCCAACUGCUAAUGGAUCGAAUGUGCUUUUUAUUACAAUUCAACAGCAAUGGAAAGAUAACUUAUUGUGUGUUUGAUUUCAGGGAGAGAGAUUUUCUUUAGUCAUUCAUAAUAGAGAUUGAUAUGAUUUAGCAAUGGUGUUGGAGAAAAAAAGAAAAGCAAAUGAGCGUUUUCAGGUUUUUUUGUAUUAUAUGCAUUUAUAUAAUGUUUCUGUUAUCAGCAAUGUGCAAUUAUUUUAUGGAGAGGAAUAAAAAAGCUUUCCAUGAGUUUGGUAUGGUGCAAGGAAAAUCAUACAGUUUGAAUUAUGACCUAGAAAUGUUUCAUCCCCAUGUCUACCUAAGAAGGUAGCAGCAAAUCCAUAAUUUUCCUUUUGGGCAAUGCUUUGUGAGCAAAACAAAGUCCCUUCUGCCAUAACAUCUUUAAUUUAACCAUAUAUGCCAGAUUACUUUAUGUGCAUCAGCAAGAUCGCUAGUGAAGUUUAGUCCAGCUAAACACUGGUCUGCUCCUGAGAUGGGAUCCUACGUGUUUGCAAAACAUGAUAAGCACACGAGGGUGAGUGGCUUUGUAUCGCCCAGAGGGGUGCUUGUCCAGAUUUCACAUACACAUGAAUUACCUGGGGAUCUUGUGAAACUGCAGACUCUGCUCCAAGUAAUCUGGGCUGGGCCUGAGAUUCUGCAUUUCUCAGGAGUCUCAGGGAUGCCUAUGCUGCUGGCGUAAAAUCACACUCAGAAACGAGGACCUAGAAGAUCCCUAAAACAGAAUAAAAACAAAUGUGAUUGUAUUUCUGACUCUCCCUCUCUUCGAAUUAUCUGACUUUUUUGUUUUUGUGCACAUAGUAAUCAUAUCACCGCUACAUAACAACACGGUGCAUCUUUUUUGAAAAAGGGAAAGGGAAAAAAAGGAGAAAAAACGAUGCAUCAAGCUUGUUUGUCAAAUACCACAGUAUUUUAUUCAUUGUUAUCUUGCCAAUGGAAAUAAAGUAUGCUAUUGCAUUUAAAUAUUAUAUUUAUACCUCAUGUAUAUUUUUACCUCAAUUGUUGGUAUCAAUCAUCAAUUGUAAAUAAAUAAUUGCCAAGGCAAAUAAAUUUAUAUAUAUUAAAUAUU